UCACAGCAAAGAAUAUCUCAUUGUGGAGGGAAACGAUCGACCCAAAAGACAUCGGCAUGUUACGAUCUCGCCAAGCAAACACAGCGAUACUGAUGGAAGCGGUGACGUGACAAAGAUCGAAGUGGAGCUCAAGGAAGCACCAGAUGCUGUCAUCGUCGGUUCUAUGUCAUCGGAAUUGGAAGCCACCACCGAGCUCAAUUCGACCUUUCCCAAUGAACCGGGCGCGGUAGUGGUACGAGCCGAGGAGGUCCUGAUUGUCGUUCUUGUCCUGGUUCUAUGGGUGGCUGCCAUCGCUCUGUUUUUCAAUCGAUGGGGCAAGAUCCGCAUGCUCGAACCGUACCAGCCGAAAUUUCAGCAACAACAUAGACAAAGCUGCACCAUGAUCGAUCCAAGCCCACUCCAGCACCGGAAUUCGAAGUUUAACAUCUACUGCAUGGAGCAUCCAGUGCACCAGGUGAGUUGUGUCUCGGCCGCCGGGCCGGCUGCCAGGUUGCGCCAGAACAGCGUAUUCGUGGGUUCGAGCAUGUCGCUGCUACCGGCCAGCCAGGAGACGCCUAGGCGAGCCAAGAGUGCAUUCGAUCUGCAGUCGUUGGUGCACGCGGAGGGGACGCAGAAUGACGAGGAGGAAAGCGACGGUGACACGCUAAGGACCCUUAGAUCUAUCGGCGAGACGUCGCGACUGUUGCAACGCGAGCGUCGAUCCAGCGCUUACCAGUUCGACCGCAUGGAUGUCCUGGCGAGGCCGAUGUUGCAACACGAACGCGGUAUGAGUGUCUGUCACUUCGACAGAACAGACGUCCUGGCCAAACCGCUGCAGAGAGAUCGCGGUAUGAGCAUCUGUCACUUCGACCGGAUGGACGUCCUGGCCAGGCCGACAUUGCAGCGCGAUCGCGGCAUGAGUAUCUGCCACUUCGACCGGACGGAUGUUCUGGCGAGAUCGUUGCAGCGUGAUCGUGUCAACAGCAUUUGUCACUUUGACAGAAUGGACGUGCUGGUGAGGCCCACGUUUCCGCCCGGCAAGUCUUUGUUGCGGGAGAGACGCGUCAGCGUAUGCAACUUUCUGGAAAGGGACGAGGAAUCGAGCAGUAAGAAUAUUUUGCAAAAGGACAGACGGUUGAGCUUCAGUAACGUCGACAGAAUCGAGACUCUUGGGAAAUCAUCAUCACGUAGAGACCUGCGCAGCAGCAGCAACAACGUGAUGGACGGCAAACAGGACAGCCUAGCGAAAUCAAGUACGAUCAGAGAGAGGAACAACUCCGUGCACUUUGAUCGUCCAUCCUGCAGCAAAACGUCCGACAUCGUGCUCGGAUACAAAGCGACGUGUGUUUAAUCGCGGCUUCUUCCUGGAGAACACGCGAAGAAGACGUUAAUUCCGUGACGAUGGUCCAGUCACGGAAUCUACCUUGGAUGAAAUACGGCUGUGAAAUCUUUUCGUAAUCGCUUUCGACGCCACUUUUAUCGCUUAUAUUUUGUGUAUUCUUUUAUGGAUUCUUCUGAGAGAUACCACAGCCCUGAGCACCGACCUGACCCUUAUUGAACAGUCAAAAUGCGAUAAAUAAUCUCUAUUUAAAUGCCGG